CGCUCAGGCGGGGGGGCGGGCCUUUCUCCCCGCCGCGGCAGCAGGAGGAACCCAGGCGGCUGGCGGGGCUGGCGAUGGCGUUAAGCGCCCCUCGUGCGUGAGCCCGCUGCCGCCGCGGGGAGCGCCCCGCUGAGGGAGGGCACCCGCCGCGCGCCGGAGAGUGGUUUCGCUUCGUACGGGAAGGAGAGGAGAACAUGAGGGGAGCGCGGCGCUGAGGCUGAGUGUUUAAAACGGACAUCUGAGAUCUGUGACAAAAAGCCCCCAAAGGCAUUUGGAAGGGAUGUUCUUGCUGAUUCAAGACAACAUAGUUCUGUUCAAGACUCUACACUGGGGAUAAGGACAUGGGACUCCUCCUGCCAGAUUCCAGAUGGUUCAUUACAACUGACAUCUUGGUUGACAACUGUGGAAAGGAACUUUGGAUUAUUUUAUUUUAUUUUUGUGGUAGACCACAAUCCCCAAACUGUAGAACACAUCAGGUUCCAUAUUUCUUGUAGAAUUUUAAAAUAAUCUUUUCUAAUGAGGAUGUCUGAUAUUCUUACUGUAAAAGAUGAAACUGAUGCAAUGAAGGGUUCAGAAGCUGAAUUUAAAGAUACAGAACCAGAUGAAAACCUUAUAAAAUCAGGAAGUCAGGAGCAGAUCCAAGCGGAAAAGGAUGAAAAUUGUCCUGAUAGCAAAAACGAUAUGCCGGAGAAAAUUCAAAUCCAGUUGUCACAUUGUUUUGAAAAAGAAGAAAAGCCUGCAAAAGAUGAAACGGAAAAGGAAAAGUCCAGUGAUAAAUUGCCCAGAAAAAUGUUAUCAAGAGAUUCCAGCCAAGAAUACACAGAUUCCACUGGUAUAGAUCUUCAUGAAUUUUUAGUAAAUACAUUAAAAAACAAUCCCAGGGACAGAAUGAUGCUGCUGAAAUUAGAACAGGAAAUUUUAGAUUUCAUUGGUAAUAAUGAAGUUCCAAGAAAAAAGUUUCCCCCAAUGACAUCUUACCAUAGAAUGCUGUUGCACAGGGUAGCUGCUUAUUUUGGAUUAGAGCACAACGUGGACCAGAGUGGGAAGUCAGUCAUAGUAAAUAAAACUAGCAAUACAAGAAUACCUGACCAAAAGUUUUGUGAGCAUAUAAAGGAUGAGAAGGGUGAUGAUUUUCAGAAGCGGUACAUCCUUAAAAGAGAUAACUCUAGUUUAGACAAAGAUGACAACCAGAUGAGAAUACGAUUAAAAGAUGACAGAAGAAGUAAAUCAAUAGAAGAACGUGAAGAAGAAUACCAGAGAGCUAGAGAGAGAAUAUUUGCUCAAGAUUCCCUGUGUUCCCAAGAGAAUUAUUUCACUGAUAAAAGAAUCCAGGAGGAAGAAACUAAUAGUACACAACAAAGACGACAGAUAUUUAGAAUCAAUAAGGAAACAUCAGGGAGAUCAGCCAACAGCCAUCAGAGCAGUACUGAGAAUGAGCUGAAGUAUUGUGAACCCCGUCCCUGGAGCAGCACCGACUCUGAUAGUUCCAUCCGCAAUCUGAAGCCAGCUGUAACGAAAGCCAGCAGCUUCAGUGGGAUAUCAGUUCUGACAAGAGGAGAUAGCUCUGGAAGCAGCAAAAGCACAGGCAGGCUGUCUAAGACAGGUCAGCCGUUCCUCAAUCCAGAUGGCACUCCCGUUGUGUACAAUCCACCGAUGCCUCAGCAGCCCGUUAGGACCCAAGUGCCUGGACCUCCACAACAGCCACCUCUUCCCCCACCACCUCAGCAACAGCCAGCAGCUAAUCACAUCCUCUCACAGCAAGACAACCUAGGAUCACAAUUCAGCCAUAUGAGUCUUGCCCGUCAGCCACCUGCUGAUCCAGCUGAACCUCAUACUACUAUGUUCCAGUCCACUGUAGUCCUCCAGCCCCCACAGCAGUCUGGUUAUAUCAUCGCAGCUGCUCCACCUCCACCACCCUCUGGCCAGCCAGUUUCUACUCAAGGCUACUCUACAUCUAGCCACCCUGUCAGCCAGCAAGUGCUCCAGCAGCAGGGAUAUAUGCAGCAACCUGUGCCGCAGAUGCCAGCUUGUUAUUGUACACCCAAUCAGUACCCGCACUCCAGCCAACAGUAUCGACCUGUUUCUGUCCAUUACAACACGCAGCAGAACCAACCAUUGGCACAGCCUGGACAGCAGACAGGUUACCAAGUUUUGCCUAACCAGCAGCAAAACUACCAGGGUUUAGUUGGAGUUCAGCAGUCUCAGAAUCAAAAUCUAGUCAGUGGCCAACACAACAAUGUUGGGAAUCAAAUUCAAGGUGUGAUUGUUCCAUAUCCUUCAGUGCCAUCAUAUCAGGUUUCGGUGCCUCAAGGUUCCCAGGCAGUGCCCCAGCAGACAUAUCAACAGCCUGUAAUAAUUCCCAGUCAGUCAAAUCAAGGAUUGCCCACAACAGGAAUGCCAGUUUACUACAGCGUCAUUCCAUCAGGUCAACAGAAUAAUUUAAGUUCAUCAGUAGGAUAUUUGCAGCCUCCUGGAUCAGAGCAGAUACAGUUUCCUAGAACAUCAUCACCAUGUAACUCUCAGCAGCUUCAAGGACAGCAAUGUGCAGUUUAUAGCAACCAUUCAAGUCAGAAGCCAUCACCUCCUACAUUAUUGCCACCUUCAUCAAAGUCAAAGCCACAACAGUCUGCUUCCAUUGUGCACUACAGCAUAGUGUCUCCACCCUCAUCAUGUAAAAGUUCACCCACUGGUCUUUCCAUCAUGCAGCCAAUAAAAGCAGUAGCAGCACCACCAGGUGGAGGAGUAGUAAUGAUGCAGCUCAAUAUACCUAACAAUCCUCAGCCUCGGAACCAUUCACCUCCACAGUGGAAACAGAAUAAAUACUACUGUGAUCAUCAAAGGGGGCAGAAGUCCACAGAACUUAGCACUUUAGACAGUGCUGCACAGUUGCAGCAUAGUCCUCAAGUAGGUAGUCCCGUCACCUCACCGGCCCAAUCACCAGCACCAGCUCAGCUAUCAAACAUGAAGAACAUCCGUCCCACAUUAACACCUCUUUCUAUUGUGCCCCAGUUUUCUAGACCUUUCGUCCCUGGACAAGGAGAUGCCAGAUACCCAUUGCUCGGCCAGCCCCUGCAAUACAAUCCACCAUCUUUAUUACGUGGACAAGUAGCAAGCCAACAGUGUCAGCCUGGAAACAGACACGGAAACAGGGGGAAGAAACCAGCAAAGAAGGCUGCUUCAACAGAUCUUGGUGCGGGAGAACCAGUUGUGGGAAAAGUUCUAGAAAUAACUGAACUGCCAGAAGGCAUAACUCGUAUGGAAGCAGAGAAACUAUUUGGAGAACUUUUAAAAGUUGGUGCCAAGAUUCGGUGGCUAAGGGAUUCGCAGUGUCUGCAGACGCAGCAGCAGCAGCACCGUCGUUACUGUGGCAGCGGAGAUAGCAAUGUGAGCACUGAGCCAUCCAAACCCAGUGACUUGGCCUCCACGUACACGGUUCUAGCUACGUUCCCUACGAUGUCAGCUGCUCAGAAUGCAUUGAAGAAACAAAGUAGUACCUCAGUUAACAAGUUCAGGCUGAGAACGAGCAAGAAGCACUACGACUUUCACAUUCUGGAAAGGGCUAGUUCUCAGUAGCAGUUCCGUCGGUGGACACUCAGCCUUUACUACUUCAUGUCCUCCUCUCCUCUAUUGGCUUGAUGUUACGGGGUUUCUGCUCUCUUUAGAGAGACUCCUGGGAUGUUUUGUCGUGUGACAGUAACCAUUGAAGAAUAACCCAGUGAUCCAGCGAGAUGAAGAAAAAAAUACAGAGUUGAUCCCAGACAAUAGCAAGGAAUCACCUUUGAGACAGGCAGCUUUCUAUAAGGAAUGCCGCUGAAAUGCCCCCUACUUUUAUAAUAGUUUUGUUUUAUAUUUUUGAAUUCUUGUAUCAGAUCCAAAGUUCUAUUGUACAGCAGACAUUCAUAAAAUCCCACAUUCAGAUUUGUAUUUUAUAAUCCCUUUUCACAGCCAGCACGCAGCUGUCCAUUCCAAAGCAGGAGCCUGAGGAUUGGUGGAGGGGAAAAGAGAACCAUGUCCAAGGAAUUACACUCAUUUUCUAGCAAAGUACCCCAAAUCUUCAAAUUAACCUGUUCCUUUUCCCUUGCGUUUUUCUUUUUUUGUUUUUUAAAGAAAAAAAUAUAAUUUUAGUAACUAGCUAACUCCUUAGAUGGUUGUUUUCUUUUGAGAUUCAUUCAAACAAUGUCAAAAGAAAUUACAAAUUGUUUGUACCCUUGAAGGAUUUGCUUCUGAUCCAACAAGUUUAAUAAGUAUUUAAGGGGGAAUAUGAAUAGAUUACAAAGAAUGUUCACUGAAUCACAUUUUAAUAUUUCUUUUUAACAAAAAGGUGAAGAAACUAAAAUGUAUCUUCACAAGUGACAAAAUGUUUGCACUUUAAUUGUGUUCCCACCAGUAUGAAUCUUUCUCUUCCUUUUCACGCUAAGAUAAUUGUAUUUGAUAAGUGCUGGAAACCUUUUUAAUGGUUUAAGUUUUCAUCAUUUGCAGAUGCUCACUGGACAUUAAAGAUUAAUUGCACAUAAAAAUGAAACAAACAUUUUUUCAAUUUGUGUAAUUUGCAAGGCUGUACAAUGUGUGCUGAUGCAAGCCUUUUUCAGUUCAAGAAAAUAAAUGUUUACAAACAAA